ACAGCUGAAUGAGGCGAAACAGCAGCUCCUCCAGCAGGCAGAGUACUGCACACAAAUGGGAGCAGUUACCUGUACCCUCCUCUGGGGAGUCUCUAGCAGUGAGGAAGUCGUCAAAGCCAUUCUGGGAGGAGUAAGUUGUCUGGCACUGUUGAAUGUGUCUUGUGACCUGAAAGAGACAGCACAUCUGCUGUGACAUUGAUUGCUAAGUCCUGCCAUGAUGUAAAUUUGCUUUAGUUCAUUCAUCAGGUGGUUGCCAGACACCUGCCGUGUUCAUUGUGUCACCUGAUGCUCUGAGGAUGUGUAAAAUGAAGUACCGUCCUUCUGUCCUGACACGCAAGGGGAAUUUUCGAUAUAUUAACUAUUUUAAUAUUUAUAUAUAAGAAAUUUAACAACAUUAAACGUGCCCAUAUGUGUUUUACCUCAUGGAUAAUAGAUAAUUUAAGAAUUUGGCAUAUAUUUGUGUCUAGUAUACACACACACAUAUGUAUGUAUGUUAGGGAACUUCAUAAGGAAAGGAAUUUGAAAUGGACCUAAGAAUAGGUAGAAAUGGCAGUAAAUUGUAAGAAGAGUUCAAGAAGACAGAAUUAGGUGGCGGCCGCCAUCGGAGAGGAGCAGCCAUGGCCCUGCGCUACCCCAUGGCCUUGGGCCUCAACAAGGGCCACAAAGUGACGAAGAACGUAAGCCAGCAGAGGCACAGCCGGUGGCACGGGCGCCUCACAAAACACACCAAGUUCGUGCGGGACAUGAUCCUGAAGGUGUGCGGCUUCGCGCCCUACGAGCGGCGCGCCAUGGAGCUGCUCAAGGUGUCCAAGGACAAGCGCUCGCUCAAGUUCAUCAAGAAGCCGGUGGGCACGCGCCUAGGCGCCAAGAGGAAGCGGAGGAGCUGAGCAACGUGCUGGCCACCAUGAGGAAGGCGGCGGCCAAGAAGGACUGAUCCCCUCCCCGUUCUCAAUAAACGUUGCUGUGGCGCAAAAAAAAAAAAAAAAAAAAAAAGACAGAAUUAGUCAAAUCAAAGAUAUAGGUGGGAAAUCUGGCUUGUGUUAGGACUGAAGGUCCCUUGACUGAGUGGAGGGUCAUGCACUGCAGCUUGGGAGAUAAGGUAUAGGUGGAAUGCCAUUUUGUGAUUGGAGGUAAGCAGUUGCUGGUCCCGUUCUCCCACCAUCACCCCCCAUCCAUAGGCAGGAGGGCUGUAGAGUCUUCAAGUGUUUUUGAGUGAGGUGUGUGGCUCUCGGCAGGGCAGAUGGGGAAGAAGGAGCCACUGAGAGCUGUAUGAUUGAGACAGGUGUGGUGUCAGGGUGCAGUUGACAGCUAAGAAAAGAAACCACCACCAGCAGGUAGGGUUUGACUCUGGGAGAAGGAAUGGAAGUUGAGAGGGGGGAUGUUUGGCUAAAAGCCAGAGCUACAUUAGUUACUGCUUAGAGGACGCAGUGUUUGGCUUGAGGGAGACUUAAGUGUCCUUAACAAUUUGUUGAACUUUAAUAAAGCGUAAUUUCCUGGGCUGUACGAGAUUUUGUCUUAAAAAUAAAGAUGAUUUCUAUGUUGU